UACAGUUCACCAAGAGACAAAAGCGACAAGGUUAGGGCCAGAGCCAGUCCACGGGGAUAUUAUAGCAGAUACCGCGAUUGUACGAUUCGUCGAUCUGUAUCUGCUGACGAUAGACGCGAGAACCGUCAACGUGCCCCGCGCCGCAGGAAUAAAGUGCGAUACCGGUGUGAUCCCAAGUGUGAAGUUCGACAGCGGAUCCGGAAAUCGUUCGACCGGGAUACGCUCGCAAGGAUCUCGCGAGAAAACGAGAGCAGAAUCACGGCGAUCGGUGUGCUUAGAUCGGUUCGACCCGGAGGAAACAUGAGGAGCCACGCGACGAUCAACCUGUUCGCCAGUCUGACGGUGCUUUGCGCCCUCGCUGUUAUGAUAAUGCCGGAUCAGGCGUACGCUAGGCCGCCACCUUUGCUCAGCCGGCAGAGGCGAGUGUCGGAUCAGAGGCUCGCCGAGAUCGAGACGCUGCUUGGAUUGGAAAACGUCCGUGGAAAAGUGGUCACGGUGCCUGUUGCAUUCGGCGUGCUGGAUCCAGAUAAAAUAGGCCGCAGACGAAGAUCCGCAACGAACAAUAGACUCGAGACGCUGCAGCGCAUCAUGCGAUACGUCGCGAACAAUCCGGACGCGCUCGACGAGGAGAACAUUCUCUCUCUGCCAAUGAAGAUGAAGGAGUCCUUGCGGGGAAACGACGUCGACUACCAGUUCAUUUAAUUUCCGGCGCACGACAGGUCGCGUCGGCGUGUAUGGGGCGAGAACGAAGAAGAAGAAGAAGAAGACAGACAGACAGACACACACACACACAGUCGAGAGUGUACCAAACGCUUGAGGAAUGA